UGGUUUACUUUAGGGUUUUUACACUCCACAAGGUCAAUCUCGACCCCCUUCUGGCAUGGGUCGUAGUAAUUACGUUCAGGGUCAUGGUCGCGAAUCCCAAUCUCAACUUUCUUUUGCCAUGUGUCAUACUAAUUAUGCCGAGGGUGAUGGUCGUGCAACCUAUAUUUCUCAACCUCAAUCCCAAUCUCGACCUGAAUCCCAAUCUCAACCUUCAUUUGCCAUGGGUCGUACAAGUGUACAUCAUGUCAUGUAUCCUACAUAUGAUGGAAAUAACACGCCUCAGUCAAGGCCGCCUGAUUCAAUGCCUUUACUGUAUCCUACUCCGACAUCGUUUCAGAAAUUGCUUCGAGAUAGUACUGCAGUCCAACUGUCACAAGCCUCACAUAGUCCUGCUGACAGUCGUGUGGAUGGACAUCCCUGGAAGGCUUGCACUGAACGAUGAUGUUAUUAUAUUUGUGGAUUUGGGUGUAUUUUUUUU